CAGCCUACACGUCCCAUAGUGCACCGCGCGUCCACCCCCCUCCCAUCAGCGCUUUCCCUCUUCUCGCAGCCUGAGUUUCUGUCUAUCGGUGUUGUUGUUGAUGCGAUGAUGGCGGCAGCGGGAUGCGGAUCAGCAACCGCGGCUGCCGUUGUGGGCGCAGGCGGUAUGGGCGCGGCGCGGGGUCGCUUCCCCGGUCGGCCUUGGUCGUCACGGAGCCGUUUGCGUUCGGAGAAGCGAUGGCAGCUCGGCCGCUCUGGGACAGAUCUAGACGAGAUCUCCUCCAACGGAGGCCCGAGGCCCACCUGCCUGGUGCUCGCGCUGAACGAGGACCAGUCUCACUUGCGCCUUCUCGGGCUAGAGGCGAGCUACAAGAGCCUGGGAGAGGCUGGAUACAGCUCGAGUGGAAGCGAAGAGGGAGCUGAAUUCAAAGGGUUUGAAGUUCAAAAUGAAAAUGUGAGUGCCCCGGUUCGGGCUGGACGAAAUCCAUGUAAACGUGAUCGUGCUUCAGCAAAGUCGUCAAGGAGGAUACGUCAAAGGCUGGUUCUUCCAGUCUCUCCUUUAGUGGAAAGCACAGGUUCAAAAGAUCCUCAAAAUGAUUCAGGUUCUGUUCAGCAACUACACAGUCAAGAGUCUCUAAAGGACACAUCAGUAGAUGAUGAUGGUGGUGGUGGUGGUGGUGGUGGUGGUGAUGGAGGAUCAGACAAGCCCACCAGGAGAAAAAGGGGUCAACAAAACAGGAGACCCAAUCAACACCAAGGAUCACAAUCAAGUUGGUGGCCAAAAAGACAGUAGUUACAGUCCAACGUAAAUCUGGUAAAAAACAGAAAGAAAUCAAAUCUGAAGUUACAGAGAGUCAGUGUUCCCAAAUCUCAAAUGCUCAUGUGAAAUUAAAGAGAAACGUACCAGCCAGUGAAUGCAGUGCUGUUGAGGCAAAGCAGGAGGUUUGUACUAGAAGGCGAGGAAGAUCUGCUGACAAGAAAUUAGAAUCCACUCCACAAACAGAUCCUAAAAAUGAGACCAAUGACCAAAAACUGAAGCUGAGGAAAUCAACCCGAAGGUCUCAAAAUCCACCUCCCAAUGAAAGUAAGGAGCCAACACCCGAUGAUAAGUCAGCACAAGAGGCAUCUGAGGUAAAUAAGCUUGUGAUUAGGAGACAACACAGAAGGUCCUCAAAUGUUCCACAGGAAUCUGGAAACCAGAGUUUAGCAGAGUCGCUGUUGGAAGUCUCAACAAUUGAUGAAUCCAGGUCACCUCAAAGAAGAAAAAAAAGAAAAAGAAGAAGAAAAA